AUGUCCUUGACACGGUGUUGGACAUCACCGUCAAUCGGUCAUAAUUUUUUAUUAAUACUCGCGAUAACAUUUUGUUUGUCAAACGUAUUGGCUAACAACAACAACAACAACAACAACAACAACUAUAACAACAGUAACAAUUACAACGAACGUGGCAUAUUAUCAUCGAAAGAUUUUACAAACGUUUGGAAGGAUUUGUCGAACGAUUGUACGAAAGAAGAAGAAACGAAAAAUCUGUCGGUAUCAUGUCAAGGUGUUAGAAUCGUUCGUAAAGUUGUACAACAAUUUUUGAAAAAUUCCAGCAAACAACCGGACAUAGAAAUAUUCGAUGGAAUUAAUUUGGUCGAAGUUAAAGAUCCUAAUAAUAUUAAUACGAGAAAAGGAAGAUUUCUCAAAGGAUUCGGUAGUAUGACGCCAUUACUGCAAUUUCUCGAAGGAAGAGAAUUGAGGGUUAGAUUACCGAAAUUAUUACCGGCUGAUUUUGACACCAUUUUUGAAAAUACGUUGACUGCAGCAUCUUCGAACGGCGAGGCUAGGCGUGGAGGAGGAGGAGGUCUCGGAGGAGGAGGAGGCUACGGUGGAGGAGGUGGCGGGGGCGGUGGUAAAAAGGGUGGAGGUGGAAUGAUGAUAUUGGCUCUGAUGAUGGGUAAAAUGUUGGCAACCAUGGGAUUCGGUGCACUCGGUUUGUUAACGUUGAAGGCACUAAUGGUGUCCGGUCUUGCUCUGAUGCUGUCAAUAAUUAUUGCCGUUAAGAAAUUAGCCAGUGGCGGUGAUGACGGUGGCGGACAUCACGUUGUUUACGCACAAGAAGUCGGUCAUCAUCAUCGUAAGAAACGAAGUUUCACGAAUGAAGAUGAAAAUAAUGAAAUUCUCGAUUUACCGUACAGAGGUUACGCCGAUCUUUACGGUGAUGUGAAGGUGUCUUGA